AAUACUAAUACAAUUAGGCUAAUAAACAAAGAAACGAAAAGGUAGAGUUGUCCUAUUUGAAAUUGAUGAGACAAACACCAACACAAAUAACAUACACAAUCUCAACCCUAUGUUCAUUGUCUCCUCGACUACACCACCACUCCUCUCUAUUUUUUUUUUUACCGUUUUUCUCUCUCCAACUUCCAUUGUUUUUGUUUCAUUUUUUUUACUGCAGCUGCUUCUUCUUCUUCUGCAACUUGUAAUCCCUAAACUUAAUUAUUUCCAUUUCUUUGUUUUCUUCUAUUUUCCUAUUUUUCUCUCUCCUUAAAUUACUGCUUCUUUGUAGCUUCCCCAUUCUUCGAUUUCCUUCCCUUUUUUGUCCUGUUUUCUUCCCAUCAAUUCCAUCAGUUUUUUUUUUCCAGAUAUUCUCAUCCCAAAAAAAAAAAAAACCCAUUUUUUUGAAUUUCAAAUUUCCUAAUUAAAGCCCCUUAUCUUCUUUUCCCUUUAUUUUUCUAAUACCCUUUUUCAUCUUCCUUCCCGCUUUUUAUUCUCUUCCCUUUUUCUCAACUGUCAAAUUUUACUCCCCUGAAUAUGAUGAUACAAGGAGAGAGUUGACUGACUGAUUGGUUGGUUGAGGGAAUUCAUAAAAUAUUUGGAGUACAUUCAUCUGGACUUUCAUGAUGCUCUGUGUUUUCCUUCAUUGAAGCUUCUGUUCUUGUGAAACCAACAUUACGGAGUACAUUAUAAUUAUUUUCUGCAAUUUUACACAAAAUUGUUGAGAAAUUUUACUAAAUUUGGAAAUAAAUAUUAGUUGAACAUUUUGUGGGCUAAAUUUAGUCACUGUUACAAAAUAGUGUACUGAAUUGGAGGGUUUUGAAGGAAAUCAAAAUUUGUGGGUACCCAUUUGGAUUUUUAGGCAUAAUUAUUAAGGGGUUGUUUGAUUCAUAAUUGUGAUAAUUGUAGUGAAGAAAGAAGAAAAGGGAAUUGGGUUUUUGUGGUGUUUUUUUUAGGAGAGAGAAAAUGAGUGUGCAACAGCAGAAAAGAGAGAAGAAUGAAAAGAGUUCAUCAUCAUCUGAAGGAGUUGAGAAAGUUUUGGUAGCUGUUAAAGCUUCAAAGGAAAUUCCAAAGGCAGCUCUUGUUUGGGCUUUGAGUCAUGUUGUUCAACCUGGUGAUUGUGUUACUCUCAUUGUCGUUGUUCCUCCUCCUAGUUCAGGUAGGAGAUUAUGGGUUUUCCCAAGGUUUGCUGGGGAUUGUGCUAGUGGUCAAAAGAAGUUGUUUGCCGGUACGAGUUCGGAGCAAAAAAUCGAGUUGACAGAUUCUUGUUCACAGAUGAUUCUUCAGCUACAUGAUGUCUAUGAUCCUAAUAAGAAAAAUGUGAAGAUUAAGAUUGUGUCUGCCUCUCCUCCGGGAGCUGUAGCUGCAGAAGCGAAGAAGGUUCAGGCGAAUUGGGUUGUGUUGGACAAACACCUCAAGCAGGAAGAAAAACGGUGUAUGGAUGAGCUCCACUGCAACAUUGUGGUCAUGAAACGAUCUCAGGCGAAAGUGCUUAGACUAAAUUUGGUCGGAUCACCAUCAACGGAGCUUCUUUUGUCUGGUCCAUCUGGUGACCAACUUGAUGAGGUUAGAGGGCCUGUUGUGACACCAAGCAGUAGUCCUGAGUUAUUUACUGCGACUGAAGCAGGAACUUCAUCUGUGUCGAGCUCUGAUCUUGGGACAUCGCCUUUUGCUCCAUCCAUAAUGAGUGAAAAGUUGAAGAAGAGUGAUAUGGUCCUUAUAAAAGAAAGUAGAAAUCUUUUAUCAGACUCAGAUUCAGAGGAUGAAGACUUUUCUCCUUGCUCAACAAGUUCGGGAGUUAGGCCUUGGAUGGGCGAGUAUAUACUUUCACAUUUACGGUCAUCUCAGAAGCCUGAAAAGAGGCCUUCUAUGAAGUCUUCACAGAAGUAUUCUGAAAUUGAUAGGGAUUCUGGUAUUGGAUCUCGAAGAUAUAAGCAUGAUCUAGACUAUAGUGGUAAUAUGAGAGAAGCUAUUUCUUUAUCAAGAAGUGCUCCUCUUGGACCUCCCCCGCUAUGUUCAAUUUGCCAACAUAAGGCACCGGUUUUUGGGAAGCCUCCAAGGUGGUUCAGCUAUGCUGAGCUUGAGCUUGCUACAAGCGGGUUUUCACAGUCAAAUUUCUUGGCUGAGGGAGGUUAUGGAUCGGUCCACAGAGGGAUACUACCUGAUGGUCAGGCUAUUGCUGUGAAGCAACAUAAAUUGGCGAGUUCACAGGGUGAUGUUGAGUUUUGUUCAGAAGUCGAAGUUUUGAGUUGUGCUCAGCAUCGGAAUGUGGUUAUGCUUAUAGGCUAUUGUAUUGAAGACAAGAGGAGGUUACUGGUUUAUGAAUACAUAUGCAAUGGAUCCCUGGAUGCACAUUUAUAUGGACGGAGUCAGCCCCCUUUGGAAUGGUUUGCUCGGCAGAAGAUAGCUGUUGGAGCUGCUCGAGGAUUGCGCUAUCUACAUGAAGAGUGCAGAGUAGGCUGCAUUGUUCAUCGUGACAUGCGUCCAAACAACAUUCUACUCACUCAUGAUUACGAACCAUUGGUGGGGGAUUUUGGCUUGGCAAGAUGGCAACCUGAUGGAGACACUGGAGUCGAAACAAGAGUGAUAGGCACAUUUGGGUAUUUAGCUCCAGAAUAUGCACAAAGUGGGCAAAUCACAGAAAAGGCUGAUGUCUAUUCCUUUGGUGUUGUACUCGUAGAGCUUCUUACAGGAAGAAAGGCGGUUGAUCUCACUCGACCUAAAGGCCAGCAGUGUCUUACUGAAUGGGCACGACCCCUCUUGGAAGAGAGUGCUAUUGAGGAUUUAAUUGACCCUCGUCUUGGUAACCGGUAUUUAGAACCAGAGGUUCUUUGCCUGAUGCAUGCUGCUUCCUUGUGCAUUCGGCGGGACCCUCAUUCCAGGCCUCGAAUGUCACAGGUCCUGCGCGUACUAGAGGGUGACAUGUUCAUGGAUUCCAGUGCUCUGUCCACACCAAGACAUGAUGUAGGGAAUCGCAGUGGAAGAAUGCGGCAUUUGGAGUGCGAAUCAUAUAGUGGUCCAUUACGCAACGAGGAAACGGAAGUAUACACGGGUAGCUUAUCUCUUGAAUCACUAAGAACAGCUUUGUGGGAAAGGGAAAGGCUUAGGAAUUCAACAGACCAUUAAGAAGUGAAAAUUGGUUUUGCAGGAGUUUUGGUGCAGGGUUUUCUUUUUGGGGUUAUUGAUCUAUAUAUUUGUUCUUGUAUAUAUGGAGGUGACUAGGUGAGGUUAAGGGUAUUGUAAUCCGUUUUGGGGAGGAGGGUAAAAGCUGCUAGUUGUUAAUAUACAAUUAUGCAUUUUGUGUAAUCGUACUAUCAUAUACCAAGCAAGUGAUUACAAAUGAAAAUGCCGCUUUUGAGAAUCUUUUGUUUUCUUGAAGAAUUAAUACUCCUGUUCGAUAAUUUCUUCAAAAAAAAAAAAAAAAAAAAAA